AUGGCUGAUCUCCGGAUAUUGGUCAGCAUCAUCCUAAUGGCAAAUGCUGUCCUGGAGAAAGGAGGGUGUGCCGGACCUCCAGGGCUUCCAGGACACCCAGGACCUCCAGGUAUAAGAGGGCCUCCUGGUCCCAGAGGAAUACCAGGUUUACCAGGUGUGACGGGAAUUCCAGGACCAAGUGUAAAAUGCCCGUGCCAGAGAAAGUCCGCCUUCACUGUGAAGCUCAGUGGCCAGCUGCCUUCACCUUCGAAGCCUGUCCCCUUCACAGAGGUCCUGUACAAUGCCCAGAGAGACUUACAGGAGGACACUGGGGUCUUCACAUGCAGGGUGCCAGGAAAUUACCAUUUCCUCUUCGAUGUGGAUCUCCAUCACUGCAAGGUGACUGUUCAGCUGAUGAGGGACAAAAGUUCUGUCUUAGAAAAGCAUCAGGUCUCCACCAAAGAGCCCAGGAAUCUCUCUGGAGUGUUGACCCUGCCGCUGCACGUAGGCGAGAAGGUGUGGCUGGAAGCAAAAGUGGAAACUGAGAAGCCAGAGCAAGCCAGAGUCACAAUUUAUUUCUCUGGUUUCCUAACAUAG